GUUCUCAUACAAAUACACAUCAAUGAGUCGUACAACAAUGGAAGAACCCAGCGAGCUUGAGACUAUCACCGAGCUGCUCAGAGAAAAAGCCAAGGCUCUCAAAGCCACCAAGAAGAAACUCAAGAAAGUCGAAGACAAGUUUGUUGAGAAAACAAAGCUUUAUCUGACUGACAGAGAGAAUCUUGCACGCUUAUUGAUUGAAACAUACAACGAUCCCGAAGUCCAGAACUUGUUGAGUGUCGAAGAACUUGGUUCUUACAGCUACGAUGCUCUGAAGCCAGUCUUGGAACAAGCAAAGGCUAGAGAGCACCAGAAACUAAGAGAAUUGACUGAUGCAGACUUGAUUCCUGAUAUGCAAAGACAAAUCGAUGUUUAUAAAGAAGAAUUCAAAAAUUUCAAUGACCAGAUCAACCAACACAAACAGAUAAUCGCUUCCAAUGCUCAAGAACUUGAUCAGUGCAAAGCUGACAACCAACACAAAGACGCUCUUAUCAAAGAACUCAGAAAAGACAACGACCACAUGAAAGCCAGAAUGAACAGUCUGCAGAAGACCGUCCAAGAACAGAGCGCUUACAUCGAAGACGUCAAAGAAGUGUAUGAAGACACCACCGUGAAGAAGGCUGAUCAAAUCAUGGGGCAGUUUGAGAGCAUCCUCGGCAUGGGCCAAGACGACUCCAGCGAGCAGAACCACUUGAAGUCACGCAUCUCGAAUCUUCAGGAUGAAAACCUGAGACUCAAGAGAACUCUGUCGGAAAUGAGCGAAGACUUCGAACGCAAACAGUCUGAAGAAAGUGCAGGCACUCCCAUGCAAGAAUCCACUACAGAACCAGUUGAGGCUGAGCCGGUGACCGCAGACAUCACUCUGGACCCAAAAUAUCUGGAACUGAUGAAGGAACUGACCCACUACAAAACCAGCUUCUCCGAGAAGCAGAAGGCUCUCGAAGAGACCACAGCCAAACUGGAAGAAGCUACUCGACUGGUAAACAUGUACAAGGCAGACAUUGACAAGCACAAGGCCUCAACCAAAGAAUACUUGAUGAAGAAGGAAAAAGAAAUUGAAAGACUCAAGAACAGGAUUAAGAAGGACACUCGAAAAGGCAGUUCGGCUUUGAAGAGUGGGAGCGACAGUGUAAAUAAGAGUUCAGAGUUACUGAUGGAGAGCAUGAGGUCGGACAUCCCUCAGGAGUUUUUUGAUGAAUCCUCAGACCUAGAGACAGACCUUGCAAGUUCUAGAAGAGUGAGUACAUUUGAAGAUGUAGCUCUUACAAAGAACUCAAAAAGUGAAGAUCACAAAAAUAACAUUCAAAAUAUUGAUAAUGAAGGAGGCAUUAGCAUCGAAUAUGUUAAGAAUGUCUAUAUCAGCUACCUCGAAUAUAAAGCAAUGAAGAAUGACAAAGAGGCUAAACAAUGAGAAAAGGUUUUAUUCACAGCAUUAAAGUUAUCUCCUGAACAGAUAAAGGAGAUUGAUAAGUUGAGGAAGAAAUAUAAAAAUUAUAAGUUUUGGAAACUCCUUCCACAAACAUCUUCCUCUAAAAAGAAGAAGGAAAUUGAAAUACAAAAUUUGAUUGCUAAUAGUGCUAAGGCACAAGAGCAUGGCAAGAUGAUUGGUGAUAAGAAGUAA